AUGCAUUCCGCUGAAUAUCUUCAAACGCGUCCAACAGAGAUCUCGUCGAUUCUGCAGGGAGGUUACAACCACCCCCUUCUUCGUUCAUGGCAACAUGAGAGACAGUUGACCAAAGACAUGUUCAUUUUCCCGCUCUUUGUAACUGAUAACGAAGACGAUGAGGAAGACAUCCCAUCGCUGCCAAACAUCAAAAGGUUCGGCGUUAAGAAACUGAUCCCAUACGUCGGCACUCUGGUCAAGAAAGGCUUGAAGGCUGUUAUCUUGUUUGGAGUGCCGCUGAAAGACGGCGUCAAGGAUCCCGUGGGAACUGCUGCCGAUGACCCAGACGGACCUGUUAUCCAAGCAAUCAAGGCAUUGAAGGCAGCAUAUCCACAACUUUACAUCAUGUGCGACGUUUGUCUGUGCGAGUACACCUCACAUGGCCACUGUGGUGUGCUAUACGAAGACGGAACCAUCAACACCGAGGUUUCUGUGCAACGGAUUGCAGCAGUCGCCGUGAACUACGCCAAGGCCGGCGCAAACUCUGUUGCACCAUCUGAUAUGAUUGACGGCCGUGUCAGAGCUAUCAAGCAAGGUCUCAUAGACGCAGGCUUGGCCCACAAGACAUUUGUGAUGUCAUACUCUGCUAAAUUCAGUGGUAAUCUAUACGGCCCCUUCAGGGAUGCUGCGUGCUCCAGUCCUGGCCAAGGAGAUAGAAAGUGCUACCAGCUACCAUCUGGUGGAAGAGGUCUGGCAAGAAGAGCCCUAACCAGGGACGUCUCGGAAGGAGCAGACGGAAUUCUCAUCAAACCGGCCACCUUCUAUCUGGACAUCAUUAGAGAGGCCAGCGACCUUUGCACAGACUAUCCGAUUGGCUGCUACCAUGUCAGCGGCGAGUACGCCAUGUUGCACGCUGCAGCAGAAAAGGGCGUUGUCGACUUGAAGACAAUUGCUUUCGAGGCUCAUUAUGGAUUCCUCAGAGCGGGAGCCAGAAUCAUCAUAUCAUACUUCACUCCAGAAUUCCUUGAGUGGCUUGAUGAGCCUGUCCCGAUGUAA